AUGAUAUGUAUAGACGGUGCGCCCCUUGUUUUGAAGACUUUAAUAAAGAAUUUGACUGAGGAAUCUGACCAUCUCCUGCAGAUUACUUUAAUUUGCCAAUUAUUAUGCCGCUGUAUACCACAUGGUGAAGUUGCUAAACAUAAGAUGAAUAUAUGUAAAUGCCAAAGGCGAGUGAAAAUCACCACUUAUCGACAAAUAAUAGAUCUUUAUGACGAUCAAGAUUUUCAAAAUCAUUUCAGAGUUAAUAGGAAAUGCAUAGAUGUAUUGGUUGAUACAAUACGGGCUGAACAUAUUACAAUAGCUGGAAGGCCCACACAAUACCCUAUAAAAGAUGCAAUACUUUUGACAAUAUGGACAUUAGCUAACCAGGAGAGUUUUAGGGGUAUAGCAGAUAGAUUUGGAGUCAGUCGAUCGCAAGCAUGGAGGAUUGUUUUAUUAGUUGUUAAAAAAUUGUAUGAUAAUGCAGAUAAAUUCAUCUCUUGGCUGCAAGGAGACAAAGCUCUUGCUACCAUCGAAGAAUUUAAAAACCUUAGGCAGGGGUAUGUGUUCCCUAAUGUAAUUGGUUGCGUUGAUGGAUCACACAUAAAUAUACCCGCUCCUUCCCAUGAUAAUUCGUAUUAUAAUAGAAAAGGUACUCAUUCUAUUUUGCUACAAGGCGUAUGUAAUGCCAAAAAAGAGUUUAUUGAUGUGUCUUGUGGUUGGCCAGGUUCUAUGCAUGAUGCUCGCAUGUGGCAAGAAUCUCCAUUGUAUGAAAAACUCUCCAGUUUCAAUUUCAUUCCUGCAAACUCUCACUUACUGGGAGACUCAGCAUACCCCAUCAAAACCUUUAUAAUGGUACCCUUCAAAGAUAAUGGCCACCUUACUCAAAGGCAGCGUAAUUAUAAUAUGUGUUUAAGUAAAACUAGAGUUGUAAUUGAACAAGCCUUUGGCAUGUUGAAGGGUUGCUGGAGACGCUUAAAAUUCCUCAACAUGUAUCGCUUACAAAAUAUGAAAUAUAUGAUAAUUUGUGCUUGUAUAUUACACAACAUUCGGUUGAAAUAUGUAAAACAUAAUAUUAAUAUUGAAGACAAUCCAGAGGUUGCAGAAAAUGAUGAAAUUCAAUUGGAUGACCUUGGAGAUGCUGAAGGACGAGCAAAAAGAAACUAUUAUGUACCAGUUAAAUAUGUAAAUUGUUUUUAA